AUGGCUUCUCAACAUGAAGAACCAGGUUCCGUGUCUGCCCCACAUAUUGAGAGCUCAGACUCAGAGAGAUCUGAUCAUGAAUCUGAUGUUCCAGACAUUGUUAGUUCAGAUUCGGAUGAUGAAAUUGAACAUUUGUCAACACAGUCAAGUAAUGUUGAAUUUAACAGUGUUGAGGAACCUGAAAUGACAUGUGUUGAAGCACAUGGUAUAAAAUAUUAUACUCCUAAAUGCGAAUUCAGUAAGACACCCUAUGCGAAUCAGCAAUUCGCUACUAUUGAGGAUGCCUAUGUCUUUUAUAGGGAGUAUGGACGGAUUUGUGGGUUCGAUGUGCGUUAUUCAUCCAAAAAAUCGAACAGACGUGGCAAAUUGUAUGCCAGACAUAUUAUAUGUAGUCAUGGGGGUAAUCCUGGAAAAAAAACCUUGACUGACUCGGAAGGCAAUGUAGUUGAGGGUCCAUGCAGAAGAACUACAUCUAAAAGAUGUGAUUGCAAAGCACAAAUAAUUUUAAAACCAGGGGGCAAAGGAGGUUUUGUUAUAAUGAGUUUUGCUGCAGAACAUAAUCAUACUCUUGCAUCUGGUCCUGCUAGAAUGUUCUUAAGGUGUAACAGGAAGGUGUCUCUUGCAUACCAAAAUUUUAUUGUGGAUUGUUCACGUGCCAAUAUAGGUGCAACUCGAGCCCAUAGUCUUGUAAAGGAGAUGACUGGUUCGUAUGAAGAUGUUGGGGCUACAGUUUCUGAUUUUAAAAAUUUUGCGAGAGACGUGAAGGUUCGUAUUGGUGAGCAUGACAGUGACAAGAUCUUGGACAAGUUCAGAAUGAAGAGGAAAAAAACAAGAAAUUCAUUUUUUUAUGACUACAAGGUCGACAAAAAUGGACACUUGACCGGCUUGUUCUGGACAGAUACUGUUGGUCAAGCGAACUACGAUGUUUUCAGUGACAUUGUAUCAUUUGACCCUACGUUCCGCACAAACAAGUAUCACAUGGUUUUUAUUCCAUUUACCGGUGUUGACAAUCAUUGGAAGAAUGUCACAUUUGCUGCUGCUCUUUUAGCUAAAGAAAAUUAUAAAAAUUUCAAAUGGCUAAUUUUGACAUUCAAGAAAGCCAUGGGACGUGCCCCGCCAUGUGUAAUAACUGAUCAAUGUAAAGCCAUAAAAAAAGCUUUGGAUAAAUGGUGGGUAUCCACGAAACAUCGGCUUUGUAUGUGGCAUAUUAUGAACAAGCUUCCUUCUAAGGUUGGCCCUAAACUUUCUUCCGAUAAAACUUUUGUUUCAAAGCUUAAGUCUGCAGUGUAUGCAGAUCAUCUUUCAACAACUGAUUUUGAAGAACGAUGGAGGGCUGUUAUAGAUGAAUAUAAGCUGGAUACUAAUGCUUGGUUGUCUGAACUGUAUGAUAUACGUGAUCAGUGGAUACCCGCAUAUUUUAAUGACAUUGAAAUGGCUGGUUUGCUCCGCACUACAUCUCGCUCUGAGAGCUCAAACUCCUUUUUCCAACAUUAUCAUGACAGUGGAGAUACCUUAGUUGAGUUCUAUUCUAGUUUUGAGAGUGCAAUGGACAAACAACGUCUACGGACUGCUGAAGAUGAUAGGAGAUCUGAACAAAUCCCACUUGCUGAUUCAUUAAUGAGUAUCGAAUUAGAUGCUUCUAAGAUAUACACGCUUGAGAUUUUUUACCUUGUCCGAGAAGAAAUAAAGUCAGGCUGCUUAUACACAUCCAUGACUGAUAUGAGUAGGGAUGACGAUGCUCGUUACUUUAAAUUUAAAGACGAACUUCUAAACAAUCAGAUAUUUGAGGUAUCGGUGAGGAACAGCGACGAUUAUGUGGAGUGUAGCUGCAAGUUUUAUUUCAGAAGGGGAUAUCUGUGCAGACAUGCCUUUGCAGCACUCCACCAUUGUAGCAUAAAAAAAAUCCCUCAAACAUUUGUGAAACCUCGUUGGACGAAGAAUGCACUCAUUCAACACUCGUUUCUAGCUUCUUGCAAAGAUGGUUCACAAUGUCCCAAUCAUGAUAGCACUAAGUUGAAGAGGGCCAGGGCUUUGUUUGACUUCCAUACUUGUCUCACGCUUGCUGGUGAUGACGACGAGAAACUUGAUUCUAUUGUGUCCGGCCUUGACAUGCUAAAAUCUGAGCUAUUAGAAGAAAGUUCUCAAAAGUCAUUGAAUACCUCUCAACAUAGAGCAGAUAGGUUUGUAGGACCUAUACCUGACAAUGAGGUACGUGUGCUGAACCCAAACAUAAGUCGAAAUAAGGGCUGUGGGAGCCGAAUAAAAAGUAGUCGUGAGCUAUCUAUGGAACAAAGAAAGAAGAGAAAGUGCAGCAAUUGCAAUCAACUAGUACGGCAUAAUGCACGUACUUGUCCAAUGCCGAAGAAAUCAGAUCAUGACUGA